AUGAAAAAAGAAGGCAUAUCGAAUAAGAUCCGCAAGUUCUAUAUCAAGCAAAACAAACUUAUCGAUUCUAUGCUUUCCCCUCAUCAGUUUGAAGUGCUUGAUCAAGACAGCCAACAACUCAGGCUCAAGAUUGCUAUAUAUGGAACAGUAGGUGCAAAUGUAGUCUUGUUUUGCCUUCAAUUGAUUGCCGCUACUACCUCGGGAUCUCUUUCCAUCUUUUCAACCAUGUCGGAUUCUUUUAUGGAUCUCCUGAGCUCAGCCGUCCUAUUGUGGACAUCGAGACAGGCAGCCAAGGUCAAUCUACUCGAGUAUCCCAAUGGAAAGGCUCGUGUGGAAACAGCAGGAAUCAUUGUGUUUUCUUCACUAAUGUCAUGCCUAGCCUUGUUUUUGAUUGCAAGAACUCCUUCUGACUUGGGGCCUUUGGCAAUCGGUUGCAUUGCCACUGCACUAGCUAUAAAAUUGGUUCUCUACUGUUACUGUAUAUCGUUAUCUCGGUACAGCUCAGCAAGAGUUCUGGCUCAAGACCAUUUCAAUGAUCUGUUGAUAAAUACUUUGGGACUAACGACAGGUAUUGUCGGAAGCAAAUUGGCAGCCUGGGUUGAUCCCGUGGGAUCGAUCGUAAUUGCCUUGAUUAUUCUUAGGAGCUGGCUAUCUACCCUACUAGAGCAUACAAGGCUUAUUGUAGGUAAAAGUGCUGAUCCAGAGUUCCUUCAGAUAGUCACCUAUAUUGCGUUGACUCACCCAAGUGUGGAAUUGCUGGAUACCUGUCGGGCAUACUACACUGGAAAUAGUCUAUUUGUUGAGGUCGAUAUUAUUCUGUCACCAGAUACUCCUUUGAGAAAGUCUCACGACAUUGGAGAAUCUCUUCAAGAAAAACUAGAGAGACUCAAGGAUGUAGAAAGAGCAUUUGUACAUGUAGACUAUAGCAAAAAGUCUAUUGAGACCGCUAAAUAUUAA